CGGGCGUUCCUGGACUUCGCCAUUAACGCUGGCCGCCAGACUAAGGCCUUGGCAUGGAAUCCUGUUCGGCCUCGCCGAUAUUCUUGAAGCAAAUCAUGGUCGGUUUGCGGAAGGCCAUGAGUUGCAAGCGGGCAAUGCUCACGCACCGGAGUCAAAUCCCCGUGCUACGAUCGCCACAUGGCGAUGGGACCCUUUUGUAUAUGGAAUGUCUGAUCAUGCCCGUGGUCAUAAAAGAGGAUCGGAACAAGUAUAUAAGUGGUAGAAACCGUAUCAGGCAAACUGCAUUUCAGCUCAUCCACCGUCAACUUGACGAGCCUCAUCGUUCCGAGUUUCAGCACGAGAACUCAACUUUUGAAGAAAACCAUUUCACCUUUCACAAUUUCAAAUUCAGACCGACCGCAACCCAGCAAACCAUUAUGCAGUUUAGGACGAUGCUUCUCACCUUUGCGGCAAUGGCCCCGGCCAUAGUGUACGCGCAGUGCGAUUUGUGCACCGAAUGCGUUAGCGUUUGCAACGAGAGCAAUUGCAACCCGGGAAACACGGAGUGUAAUGCUUGGUGCACGGACUUUUGCAGCGGCGAUUUGGGUUGCCAAUGCUAGAAGGACAAGCCGAAUACUGCUGCCGUUCAUUCGACGUUGGACACACUAUUUUCACCAUGGAAAAUUGGCGACGGAAACCCUGAGAGUUAUGGUUGGAUUAUAACGGCCGGCCGGCCUCUACGACAAAUUGAUUUAUUUUAUUGAUGUGUUUUUAUUUUCAAGAUUUUGGUUCAUUGGCCUCAACAGUGGCAUGAUGCAAGUAUGAUACAUGAGAAAUUUAACGGGAUACCAAGCCAUGCCCGCGCCCAUGCGUCGACUCUCACUAACAUUGGUACAUGCAUGCUUCCUGUAUGAGGCUGUCUUUAAGUACUUCAUGUGUAU